UUCGAGUACUCUCGAACUGCAAGUGCAGUGCAAAACGUUCUAUUUAACACAUAAUAACAACUAUUUUCAGGUGAGAAACAUGGUUUCUUUAAAAAUAUUUUUCCUGUUGUUUCUUUGUACCUUUAUGAUGGUACACAGCUUUCCGAAAUUACCGAAGCUGAAAUUUUUGAGUAAAAAAUCAUCAAAGAAAUUAAGUUCAGGGGAAGCAGCUAUUACAAAAUUAGAUUCAUCCAAACCAUCAGCAUUGUCUUUAAGUAGUGACGAAUCAAUACUUGAAAAAGGCAAGAAAAAAUUGGGAAAAUUAAAGAGUGGGACUUUAAAAAAGUUGACAAAGCUUAAAGAUUCAAUCUCAAACAGUCUUUCAAGUAGCCAAGAAGUUUCUCGUCCUAUGACAAAUAGAAAAAAAAAGAGAAUGAGAAAAAUGUUCACACGAGCGGAAGCGGCAAAAGAAUCAUUAAGAAAAAGACACGAAAAAUUGGAAAAGGAAAGAGGGAGAUUCGAAAGGAAAAAAGAGAGAUUGCAAAGGAAAAAAUUAUCAAAGGCUGGGAAAAAUUUGCCUAAACAUUCGUUGACAGAAUCAAUAAUGGAGAAUAAUUCAAACAUUAGUCCGCCAAAUAGGAUGAAAGAAAUGGAAAAACAAUUACCUUUUAUUGAUGAUGAUGAAUCGAUGGAUGCUUUCGAGUAGCCGGAAAACCAUUGAUUUUAUCGAAUCAAUGAAGAAUUAAUUAAUUGAAUAAAAUGGUAAAAUUUUUUUUAUUGAUAUAACAUAAAUGACAUAUAAUGAUCUUUAAAAUUAUGUACACAUGACAAUUAUUGUUUAUUGUGAAUAAAUAAUUUUAAACAGUUUA